AUGCUUAUGACAGGUGAAGAUACCGAUAUACCUCCAAUUCAGAAAAAUGAUGUAAUUUUCCAAAAAUUGAAAAGAUUACCAGUUAUAACGCUCUGUAAACUUAUUAUAGAAUGGAUGCAAAGAUUUCCAAUUAGACAUGGUCAUAUAAAUAGACACAAUGUUAAGGAUCAUUUAGAAAUAUUAUUAAAAACAAAAGUUGGAAGACCGGAGUUAGCAAAACUUAUUAUUCGAAAAUAUUGGAAAAAUGGAUUAAAUAUGUAUCAAUUAGCUCAAUUAGACAUUACAAUUCUUUUACAACACCCUAAAAGUUAUCUUUGGAAUUCGCAUACAGUAUAUAAAACAGAUAUUGAAAAAUUUGCACCUGUUGUGGUACCAAUCGAAUUUUUACAAACGUUGCAAUCAUUAUUCAGAAAACAAAAUCAAAGAUGCCAUAUCUUUUAUAAGAAACAUCCAUCUUUACCAUUAAAUAUGUUUAGAGUAUUGAUGUUUGAAUGUAAUCGGAAUGGUACACAUUACAUUGAGAAAAUUCCAUUCUAUAUAGUGUUUACAAUAUCAAAAUCACCAAUAAUUAUUCAUACUCAUUAUAGAAUAUCUGAUAUUUUUGCUAAAUUGAUAAUGCAACUUGUUAAAGAUGCUAUAAUGGCUACUUCAAGGAUUGACUCAUUCUAUACACAUUCCAUGAUCAGUUCAAAUAAUACCGAAUAUAUCACUUUACGAGAUGGAAAUUCAAAUCCUAUAAAAGAUUUGUCGCAAAUUUAUGCGACAACAGGUAUAGAUGGAUCUGGUAAUUCGAUGGGAACUUGGGCAACUUAUGGUGAAGGUAUAUCUGAUAUUUCUCCAUUAAGUAAUACUCAAAUACAUAAAUCUAUUACUGGGAAAGAUGAUUUGACACCACAUGCACAGCAUCACAAUAAACUUGAACUACAAAAGAAAUCAAUGCUACGAUUUCAUGGAAAAGAGUUGAAUGGAGAUCCAUGUUAUGAUAAUGAUAUUACAGUUGAGAAAAUAAAAUUUACAUUAGAGAAUCAUAUCGAUGAUGAUGACCCAUUAUCUACACCAGUAACAAUCAACUUUGAAUUCUCAGGUAAAGACAUAUUCGGUGGUAUACAUGAAUUAUGUGAUAAAGGUAUGAUUGAUAUCGAUCAUAUCCCUGGAUGGUUAUGUGGUGAUAAUGGGAAUAAAUCGGGAAAAAUUAUAGAUGGAGAUUUUGAAGAAUAUAAAAUGAGAGGUGGGUUGAUAUAG